AAUUACAAUUUACAAACUCUCAUUGAAAAAAAAAAAACACUUGACAAAUUUGACGUUUUUACUGAAGAGGUUAUGUUUAUGUUUUUAUCAGGGUUUUUAUAAUAUAUAUUUCCAAACUUUCGAUGGUUGUUUCUUCAUGUAAUUUCAUUUAACUUAUAUGGAACUCCGAAAUGCUCAAUUCUCCAACUAAAAGAUUGCCCACGCAAAGUGAAGAUACUCAUGGGAUUUCAAAGACAGUAUUUACUCACGUAUCUCGUCUUCAUGGACUCCUAAAUGACUGGAUCAGAGUUCGCGAAAAGGGCACCAAGUUGUGUAAGGCCAUGAUUGCACUUAAACUGCACGAGUGCAGGAGUGAUUAUUAUCCUCACCAGUUACAACCGCUCACUGAAAGUCUGAUGGAAGUUUUGGAAAGUUUAAAUGAUAUCAUCGAAGGGGUAGCUGUUAUUAAUAAGCAGUUGCAAGCUUUAGCAAAGCUGCAGCAGGUGGCACAACCCGUCAUAUUGACUUGGACCGCAAUGGAUAUUUCAGAAAAUGUGAUUGAAGUGUUCGACACUUUGCAGCAGGAGCAUAGACUUAAAUCUGUUGUCACAGAGAAUAUAGCACACUGCAGAGAUGAAAAACUAUUAGACAUGUAUGCUACAGCAUGGGAAUUCGACACUUAUUUUCGUGUGGAAUCUACAGCCUAUUUAUUUUCUGAAGUUGGUUUAAAUCCUAUACAAUAAAAUUUGUAGA